AAUAAGACUGAGCUUUGAUGCGAUUAAAAAUGACUGGAUAUUUUUGUCGUCAAUUGGCAAGUAGAACGAUAUCGUGAAUGAAAAAGUUGCAACUUUUCACUUACACGGGACGCGCGUUAUGUCCGGCGGAAGCAUACAGCCGAACAAUUGCCGAAGGAGGGAAUCCGAAACCAAAAGGAAAGGCUAUCAGACGAGGCGAGGGCGUUCUCCCGCCGCUAUCUCUCCUCACGACCAGAAGGUCCUACAACGGCCGACACAUUCGGUCAACCUUAGUCGAGUGCAGCCCUGGCUGCGAAGGCUUUCUCUUCGAGGUUGCUAUCAUGAGCGAUCGCACGCCAUUGCUCGUGCAAUUUCCACACAGUGGACACCUAGGACUGAGCAGAUACCGCCGGGCUCGGCGGGCCGCCCAAAAGGCGCUCUCAUCCAAGGCGAAGCACUGGUUUAUCUUGGCGCUCAUUAUCCUCGACAUCGCUGGUAUCUUGACAGACAUCUUCAUUGCUCUUAUCACCUGCGAGCUGGGCAGAGAAGGAGAACCUUGGGUGAGGCCAACACGAGAUGGAUUGACAUCGCUCUCCCUGGUCUUGAGUUGUUUUUUUCUGGUCGAGUUAAUUCUGUCGUUGUGGGCAGUUGGACCUAGAACUUAUCUAUCAAGCAAGGUCACUUGCUUUGAUGCGUUCGUCAUUGUGGUCGGUUUCGUGAUUGAUAUCGUAGAGCAUGGAGAUGUCGUUGAGGAGAUCGCUUCUCUGGUUGUGAUUCUGCGUUUGUGGAGGUUCGUCAAGAUCGUGGACGAGUUCACACUUGAGGCUUCGGAGCAGUGGGAUGAGGUUCGGGAGCGACUCGAGGCGCUGGAGAAAGAGAACUCGGAACUGAAGGAGGAGCUGCGUAGAUACAAGCAAGCGAGUGAUGGUGGGGAGGCUUCGGUAUAAUCGCAUAGCACUUUGGCGUUUCUGGUAAUCGGUGGGGUGGCCUUAAUCGUAAUAUUUGCAUUCGUCUCAGCUAUGGUUAAAUUACGUUGUGAUCCAACAGA